UCUGCUAGAGCAGCCAAGGAUGGGGUGGGGCUUUCACUUGUGAAUAAAAGGUUCUGCUUCAUUGUCCCCACGCAGGAGAGCACGGCCAAGCGAGUUGCAACUGUGGGAGCUGGGGUCAGUGGCCUGGCCCCCAUCAAGUGCUAUCUGGAGGAAGGACUAGAGCCCACCUGCUUCGAGAGGAGCGACGACCUUGGGGGGCUGUGGAGAUUCACCGAACAUGUUGAAGAAGGCAGAGCCAGCCUCUACAAGUCCAUGGUUUCCAACAGCUGCAAGGAGAUGUCUUGUUACCCAGACUUUCCAUUCCCAGAAGAUUAUCCAAACUAUGUGUCAAAUUCUGUAUUCCUGGAAUAUCUCAAAAUGUAUGCAAACCAGUUCAACCUUCUGAAAUGCAUUCAAUUCAGGACUAAAGUUUGCAGUGUAACAAAACGCCCAGAUUUUUCUGUUACCAGCCAAUGGGAGGUAGUCACUCUGAAUGAAGGGAAGCAAAAGUCAGCCAUCUUUGAUGCUGUCAUGGUCUGCACUAGUUUUCUUACUAACCCAUAUUUGCCACCAGACUCCUUUCCAGGUAUAAAUACUUUUAAAGGCCAGUACUUUCAUAGCUGAGAGUAUAAACAUCCAGAUAUAGUUAGAGACAAGAGAGUUCUUGUGAUUGGAAUGGGGAAUUCUGGCACAGACAUUGCUGUGGAGGCCAGCCACGCGGCAAAGAAGGUGUUCCUCAGCACCACCGGAGGGGCGUGGGUCAUCAGCCACGUCUUUGACUCAGGCUACCCAUGGGACAUGGUGUUCGUGACGUGAUUUCAGAACAUGUUCAGAAAUUCUCUCCCAACUCCAGUUGUGAAUUGGUUGAUAGCGAGAAGGAUGAACAGCUGGUUCAAUCAUGAAAAUUAUGGCUUAAUACCAAAAGACAGGACACAGCUAAGAGAGCCUGUGCUAAGUAAUGAGCUCCCAGGCCGUAUCAUCACUGGGAAAGUGCUCAUCAAGCCAAGUGUAAAGGAGAUGAAGGAAAACUCUGUUGUAUUUAACAACGACCCAAGGGAAGAGCCCAUUGAUAUCAUUGUCUUUGCCACUGGAUACACCUUUGCUUUCCUCUUCCUUGAUGAGACUGUGGUGAAAGUUGAAGAUGGCCAAGCAUCACUGAAAAAGUACAUCUUCCCUGCACAUCUGCAAAAGCCAACCCUGGCUGUUAUUGGCCUCAUCAAACCCUUGGACUCCAUGAUAGCCACAGGGGAAACGCAAGCUCGAUGGGCUGUUCGGGUCCUGAAAGGUGUUAAUAAAUUACCACCAUCAAGCAUCAUGAUAGAGGAAGUUAAUGCAAGAAAAAAAAACAAGCCCAGUGGGUUUGGCUUGUGUUACUGCAAAGCUUUACAAUCCGAUUAUAUCCCAUACAUAGAUGAACUCCUGACCUAUAUCGAUACAAAGCUCAACCUGUUCUCUCUGCUCCUGACGGAUCCACACCUGGCUUUGACCAUCUUCGUCGGCCCAUGCACACCAUACCAGUUCCGUUUGACUCUCCCAGGGAAAUGGGAAGGAGCCAGAAAUGCUAUCAUGACCCAGUGGGACCAAACAUUCAAGGUCACAAAAACUAGAGUUGUACAAGAAUCCCCUUCUCCCUUUGCAAGCUUACUUAAACUCUUCAGCUUUCUAGCUUUGCUUGUGGCCAUUUUCCUGAUUUUCCUAUAAAUAAAAGAUUACCUAAAUGGAUUGUCAAAUGCACAGCGUAGAUGGACAAUGCUUUGGUUCCCCCAUUGCAACAGCAUUGCCUUCACGGAUAUAAACCAUAUCUGAGUAGUGAAGGCCACCCCCUGCCCUUUCCUGGCUGGCUGGAGGGCCGCCGCUGGUAUUCCUGAGGGUCUCCCAACUCCACCUGCUUCUAAUGCUAGAGGAAGAUAACCAAGGUUUCUGUGCGUUUGAAGGUGGCUGGAAGGUUCAAGUUUCAUUUUAGAAGAGAGAGUUGUCCCAGACAGCACUCUGAGCAUUUAGACCUCUUUUCUAUUUUCAUAGAUCUCAAAUGAAACUCCCUAUUUCACAAAAGAUUUGGUUGUACUAAAAUGGUGCUCUUAUCAGCUGAUUAAAAAUAAAAAGAAAGAAACAGCCUAG